CCAUUCCAUACAAAAUGGCGAGCUUGUUUGCUCUGCUUCUUUGYUCGCUUCUGGUGACCACUAUUGCUGCGGAAAAAUACACAAAUUACACGGAAUUUGAUGGUGGAAAUUACAAACUUUGGUGGAGACACGAAAACUCUACCGAUACUUUUUAUUUUAAAGUCGAAGUUGGUGCAACUGGAUGGAUAGGUUUCGGCAUUACUUUGCUCGAUUCAGAACCUUGGAUGAGAGGUGCAAUGAUGAAGUACGAUGUGGUAGUUGCUGGCGUUUAUAACGAUGGAAAGCAUUAUUCUGAGGACUAUCUGACGGCGUAUCUUAAUAAUUCGCAAAUUCCACAUAUUGAUGAAAAAAAUAACUGGGAAAUAACUUCUGCAAAAGAAGACGCAGGAAAAACUACGUUGGAAUUUAACCGAAAAAGAAAAACUGAUGAUCCGAUGAACAUACAUAGGCCUCCUUACAAAGGGGACAUUGAAAUUACACCUGGAAGGAGAAACUUUGUGUGGGCUUACCAUGAAAACAUAGACACACCUUAUCUGAAUGAUACGAGCUUAAAGCACACYAAGAGUGGUAUUAAACCAGUUACACUUAUCAAAGAAGAUGUCAAGGAACCWGUGUACAAAAGCUACCCUUCAAAGAAUAACAGAUCAAGCCAGGCAUCAACAAUCACUGUUAUUUCAACUUUCACAUUUSUGGUUGGAUCUUUACUUACUUUUGUGACUGUCUGCUUCUUUUAACUUGUGCCCAGAGAGGAUACCAGUUUGUGGCUACCUGUUUCCAGUCACUUGAAGGCAAUGGUAMAAGGACUACAAAAUAUACUUGCAUUGUGUAACAAAAUGUGCUGGAAUGUUACAAUUCCAUCGUGGCUUCUACAUAAUCACAACUUAAUAUAACAAUAAAAUAUAGGGAAUAUAGAAUAGCGCCAAAUAUUAAAAAACAGCAGCUAGAAGGUAUUUUAGAAAUAGAAAAAAUCACUGGUUUUUGCCUGAUGAAAUUUAUUACUAGUAAUUUGCAGUUUUAUUGUUAAUACAUCUGCAGAACUUUCUUAAAUAGUUAUUAUUUCUAGAUCAGCUGUCUACUUUUUUUCUACUGAUUUAAACUUGACAUUUUUAUGAUUUCUUUUUUAUCAUGAUUAAAUUUAUAUUUGUUUCCAAAAAUCUGUUAAAAAUGCAUAGUUAGCCUGAGUUUCAUCCAGCAUUUACUCGUAAACACCGUUGGUCAUUUCAGAGAAUAAAUUGAAUAUACUCAGGCAGAAGUACAUAACUUAUGAACUUCUGACUCAGGCUACAAAAAGUAGGCUAAGUAGAAAUCACUACAAAAUGACMAGACUAUUACAUGUAAGUGCUUCUUUGAGCUUGACCACGAUAAAUACUAUUUAAUUGUUUUGUAA